GUAUAACCAGGAAGUAUAUAAACAAAAUCGAGAGUUCUCCUCCAGUCUGGUGAAGAUAAGUACGAGACCAUUGAUUUCGUGUUCAUCAACGGUGAUCUGGGUGGUGACCGGAUGUAAAAGAAGAGACACACAAUGGCCGAGCGAACAAUCCAAGCACAGGAGGUCAUCACCUGUGACCUCUGUACCAAGCCAACCAUAAAUUUCUGCAACAGCUGUCAAGUCAGUUUGUGUGCAGAUUGCAUCAAUAAACAUGUGGAGAAGCUCGACUCCCUACCACAUGACAUCGUUCUUUUCAAAGACAGAAAUGUGGCUUUUCCGAAGUGUGAAUUUCACACCAACCAGAGAUGUGGGGCCUACUGCCAACAAUGUGAUGUUUCAAUUUGUCUGAAAUGCGUUCUUGGUCCCCAUAAUGGACACAAAGUCAAGAAUAUGCCGGAAAGUUUUGAUAACAGGAAAAGGGAAAUAGAAAAAGAAACCAAAGAAAUUGAAUUAACAAUUAUUCCGCAGUACGAGAAGAAAAGUAAAGAAACAGAAAGCAAAUUAUCCAUUACAAGGGCCGAAUGUGAUGAACUGGAAACUGAAAAGGAAAAACAGAGAAAAAUCUGGCACCAAGAAGUAGACACCAUUUUCAAUACACUUGGGUCCUUGAUCAAAUCAAUAAAAGAGAAUCACCUCGAUGCUCUCAAGUCCUAUCAAUCCAAAAUAAAAAACUGUAUUCCAGACAUGAUCCAAACUCUUCAUCAAAAUAAAAUCAUUAUGAAAUCAAAAAAAGUGUCUGAAGUCACCAACUACAAAUCCAAACUCGCGGAAUACAAGAACAUGCCUAUUGAUAUUGAUGUCAAACUGCCAUCACUGAAAACCAACACAGUCCAAGGGAGAGAACUCAGUCUGGAAUUAGGAGAAUACAAGGCUUGCCUGACACAGACAACACUGUCCAGUCUGACAGAGGAAGUCUCCAAUUUAUCAUUACAGAAGCUGUUAGACCAAGCCAAAUCAAUUACAACCAUUUCUACUGGAGUUAAUCCUCUAUACAAUGUUGCCUGUGUUGGAGUGGAUGAAGCCUGGGUUAGUGGUACAGAUAAAACCAUAAGACGUGUUGACAUACACGGAUCUGUACGGGACACUGUCACCACCACAUGUAUCUGGCCUAAUGACGUCACAGUGACCAGACAGGGAGAACUGGUAUACAGUGAUGGUGACAGUAGAACAGUGAACAUUGUCAGACACAAGGGAACAGAGACACUGAUAACCACACCACUGGGCUGGAAACCAGAUAGACUAUGCUCUACUAAAUCAGGGGAUAUCAUGGUCAGUAUGUUUACUACUGAUUAUAGCCAAAAUAAAAUUGUCCGUUAUCAGGGACACACAGUGAAACAGGAAAUAGAUAGAGAUGAAGAUGGAGAACCAAUCUAUAAAGGAGGAGAAGAGUCACUGCAUGUGGUGGAGAACAACAAUGGAGACAUCUGUGCAUCUGACGCUAAUGAUUACACCGUCGUGGUGGUGAACAAGUCAGGAAGAGUCCGAUUCCGAUACGAUGGUACACCAGCCAGGAGGAAAGAGUCAUUUAAUCCUACACAUAUAGUGACAGACUCCAUGAGUCAGAUCAUUGUGGCAGAUCUCAACGAUGCAUGUUUACACAUCCUGGAUCAGAACGGACAGUUCCUGAGAUGUGUGGACAAUUGUGGACUCGAUAAACCUCGUGGACUAAGUGUGGACAGUGAGGGAAGGCUGUGGGUAGGGUUGCUUUAUUCAGGAGAAGUGAAAGUGAUUCAGUACAUGAAAUAAAAAUGCAUUGUUUACAACAUGCAGUGUACAGACAUCAAAUGAAAACAAACAAUGCAUUAAUUCAUUGAGACAUUUAAAGCAUAAUCAAGUUGUAACUGAAAGUAUUGGCACGAGAACUUCAUUUUACAUCUCCUUGGUUAUGUAAAUGAUCUAUUAGUUUGAGAAUUUGCAAAAUCAAAUUCAUACGGACAACCCGAAAGAAUCACAAAUACUCGUGUAAAACAAAAAUUGUGAAUAGGUAUAAAAAAAAAAAUAUCAGACCCCCUCCACCAUCAUGAACAAGCAUUGUUUUUCAAAGUGGGGUGUAAAUUUUAAUCGAUUGUAGUUUAGCACAAAAUGAUCCAAAUUUUCUGUAUACAUUGCUUAUAGGAGUUAUGAGAUUGAUCACUGUUUGUUAUCUUCACCUUGAUAGGAGUUAUGAGAUUGAUCACUGUUCGUUAUCUUCACCUUUAUAGGAGUUAUGAGAUUGAUCACUGUUCGUUAUCUUCACCUUGAUAGGAGUUAUGAGAUUGAUCACUGUUCGUUGUCUUCACCUUGAAAGGAGUUAUGAGAUUGAUCACUGUUCGUUAUCUUCACCUUUAUAGGAGUUAUGAGAUUGAUCACUGUUUGUUAUCUUCACCUUUACAGGAGUUAUGAGAUUGAUCACUGUUCGUUAUCUUCACCUUUACAUGUACAGGAAGAGAAGGAUUCCGCUUGUGCUGCAAAGGAAGAUCGGGAACAAUUCUCAAUUGUUAUAUGUAAUUUAAUUCGUAAAUUCGCUGUCCUUGGCGAAAAAACGUUCCGUUUAGGAAAUGCUAUAUGACAUUUCAGAUUGAUAGGAUGGUAAUUAUUUAAAUAAGCUUCCACGAGCAUCGCUUGUUUUUGUCAAGACUUGAAAUUAUAAAAAGCAGUGACCACAUUUACAACCUCAUACCUCAUGCAGUUUUAAAUAUUUCAAAUCACAUUUGUACGUAAUAAUUUACGUGACAAUGCAAGAGCAAAUUCUGACCAGUAUGGAGAAACAAUUUACUUUUUAUCCAAACAUAAACACACGGUGUGUUUUGUCCUGUAUGAUCUGCUCUGUGUUUAUGCAGCAUGUGUGGUAAGAACAUUCGCCAAGCAGUGGCGUAGUUUCAUUAGGCUCGAAUAGAGACGCCCUAAAACAUAUUUUUCAUUUUUAGAACGUUUUCUUUAAAAAGAUAGAUAUGUUCAUAUAUAUUUCUAGUUUUUACAAUCGGCAAUAAAAUUAUCAUUUCA